AUGACAGUCCUGAACGGCUCAGCAGAACGCGAGCCUCUGCUUGAGCGUUCGACAUCGCCAAGCUUAUCGGACAGUGAGGGUAAAGAUGGUGAAGCAGUCAUCUCGACAUUAAGAGGGUCACUUAUAGUCGGAUCUGUCGGUCUUUUGAUUUUUCUGCAAGCUACAAACAUCUCCAUCCUUACCACAACCCAAUCCUCCAUCGCUGCAGAUUUAGAUGCAUUCGAGACCGCUAGUUGGUUUACUUCCUCAUAUCUCAUCGCCAUGUCCUCUCUCGCUCCUUUGAUGGGACGACUAUGUCAGGUGUUUAGUCCACGUCUAUGCAUGUUCUUCUCCACCAUGUUGAUCUGUAUUGGAUCGGUCAUCACGUCCACCUCCGUAUCUUUUGAACACUUUAUCCUUGGUCGCGUUGUGACUGGAGCUGGUGGCGGUGGCAUCUUCAUCGUUGCUAGCAUCAUGGCAAUUCAGAUGACUAGUCCAAAACGGAGAGGCUUGUACAUGGGCCUUGCCAACACCGCAAUGACGGUUGGUGUCUCGUUAGGAGCGGUGAUAGCAGGUGCGCUUGAACCUAGAAUCGGAUGGAAACCACUCUUUGGUAUUCAAGCACCAAUAAGCUUUGUGGCCGGCUUGGGCCUACUGUUCUCUAUCCCAGCUAGCCAUACCUCGAAGAACAUCAAGUACGAAAGCCUGUCGAUCCGCGAGAAGCUCGCCCGCAUCGACUACUCCGGAGCGCUCCUCUUGACCACGACCAUUGUACUCUUCCUUCUCGGCCUGUCUGGUCCGAAGGUCCUUCCAACACCCAUCAUUCUAUCGGCUCUCGCCCUACCAGUCUUCGUUCUCAAUGAGGCCUACAUCGCCGGCGACCCUGUCAUUCCAGUCUCCGUGCUGCGAUCCCGUGGCACACUGUUGACCUGCCUUGCCACAACUGGCUUUAUGAUGGCUCGUUGGAGUAUCCUCUUCUACACGCCCGUAUACGCGCUUGCCGUUCGAGGUUGGGCGCCCGCUGUCGCCGGAUCAAUUCUCAUCCCUACUAACGCCGGCUUUGCAACUGGCGGUCUUCUUGCUGGCGUCUUCCACAUCAAACGCACAGGCAGCUUCUACCUCCAUACUGUCGUUGCUAUGGCAUUAUUUCCAUUUACGAUGGCUGUGCUCGCCCUCAUCUCCACGCCCACAAGUCCGUGGAGUCUAUACGUUGUAAUGGUCUUCCUCAACGGCCUUGCCACUGGCGCUGCAACAAACUACGCGCUAGUCCAUCUUCUCCAUCUCACACUCCCGGAGGUACAUCCAAUCGUCAUCUCUCUCCUUGCUACCUUCCGCGGCUUUUCAGGCUCCUUCGGCUCGGCAAUUGGUGGUGGCUACUUCGUCCGCGUGCUGCACAAGUCUCUGGACAAUGGCUUUGCGAAGGCUGGGCUGAAGAACCGCGGUGAGCUUACUAGGAGACUGCUGGGAAGUCCAGCGCUUGUGGGUAAGCUGGAAGGUAAAGAUAGGGUUAUUGCCGUCGGGGCAUAUGCAGAUGCUCUGAAGGCAUUGUUCCUCUGUGCCGUAGGACUUUCGGUCAUUGUCGCGCUCGUACAAGCCGGAACAGGUUGGAAAGAGCCGGUAAAGAGUGAGGAACAGAGGGAGGAAGAAGAGGCUGAAGGUGAAGAUGGGGUGCCUGUAGGUGCUUGA